UGCCGAAUCCAAGACAAAUUGAUGUUCCCUCUUUGUCGUACGUGUGCCGAGAAUACGCAGCAGGACCCGUGUGCACAUUGUGAUGAUGAUAGGGCAUUAACUGGUACAUGGGUAAGCGAAGAGUUAAAGCUCGCAAAGAAAAAGGGGUACCAAAUAACCGAUAUGUACGAAGUUUACCAUUUCCCCAUUUCAUCCAAUGUGCUGUUUCGCGAUUACAUCGACCUGUUCCUCAAAAUAAAACAAGAGAGUAGCGGCUGGCCUCGUGAAUGCAGCACAGAAGAUGAAAAGAGGGAGUACAUACUCCGUUACGAGGCCAAAGAAGGCAUAUUGCUGGACAGCAACGCCAUUUCAAAAAACCCCGGAAGAAGACAAGUUGCCAAACUGGCUCUUAACAGUUUUUGGGGGCGGUAAGA